AAAAACCAAAAAUAAAGAUCAUCUUACUCUUGUUUUCUCUUGCAUUAGUUCCCUUGUCAGCGAUGGCAACUUGCACCACUGAUACUCCAAACCAAGCACUAUUGAGGGAUGUACACGAUAUAGAUGGUAACCCCCUUCAAGUAAAAGCCAGGUACUUCAUAUUUCCAGUUAUUGGCGGUGGUGGUGUACGGCUUGCUAAUCUUGGAGAUCAAGACGAAAACGCUUGUGCCACAGCGGUGGUGCUAUCACGCAGUGAAGUUGACAAAGGUAAAGCAGUCAACUUCAUACCUAAAGACCCCAAACAUGAGAAGAUUGUGGAGGCCUCUUCAGUAAACAUCCAGUUUUAUCUUGAUUAUUAUAAGUGUGCUAACCUAACUGUGUGGAAAGUAGACAACUACCCUACACUUCCAAGUCGCUACACCAUAAGCACAGGUGCAACGCCGGGAAAUCCCCUAGAGUUGAAUAGCUGGUUUCAAAUUAUGUCUCUUGGUGGCUCAACGUAUAAGAUAGUCUUCUGUCCCUUUGGAGAAUGCCAAAAUGUUGGCAUUGCCGAGGAAAAUGGAUAUAAUCGUUUGGUUCUCGCAGAGAAUGCAAAGGCCUUUGUUUUCAUAAAGCAAGGCGGAUAUGGAAAGGCCGAAGCAUGAUCAUAAAUCUGCUUUCUAAUAAAACUAAGUGGUGUAUAACAGGUACUAAGGCAGGGACUACAUAUGUACCCUG